AUGACGACAGUCAAAGGAUGUCUGCUCACUGCAUCCCGCAUAGUGAUUCCAAAAUCACUUCGACAUCGCGUUCUUUCAGCACUGCACAAAGCUCAUCCAGGCCAAACAGGGAUGAAAACGAUAGCUUGCAAGAAGCUUUGUCCAUUGGCCUACGACGGAUUCGGACAUCGGAAAACUCACGUGGCCGGAAAUCGUCCAGAUAUCCUCGAUCUCCUCAGCAACUACCACCCGAGCAAUGAAGUGCAUCUUUGCCUAGUUUGGAAAUCCAGAGACGCUCGUUACGGACAACGGAACGCAGUUCACGUCGUCUCAAUCCACUUCAUUCUGCCGUUCCCGAGGAAUCUUGCACAUUUGAACGCCAUCGUUCCAUCCACAAAGCAACUGACAAGCAGAACGUUUCGUGGACACCUUCAAAAGGGUACUUGUCAAGCUGAAGGGGGAUGA